AUGGCGUGGGCCCCAGAGCGGAAGAGGGCGGAGCCUACUCCGAGAGAUCUCAGGGCCAGCCGGGAAGGCAGGGGUGGCAGAGGCCAGGCCGGGAGCGGCACCUCCGGCCGCCUGGAGCCUAGGGCUUGGUGCUCCCGAGAGCCACCACUUUGCUUCCAAAUAAAGAACAAUAUGAUUGGUGUGGUAAUUGGUCGCGGUGGCUCAAAAAUAAAAGACAUUCAGGGUACGACAAACACCAAAAUACAGAUCAUAAGAGGUGAUUCUGAAGCAGAGGUAAAAAUUUUUGGCAGCAAAGACAUGAAAGCCGAGGCCAAAGCGGCUAUAGAAACUCUGGUUAAGAAAGAAGGAAGAAGCUACCGUUCCGAAUCCAGUGUUGAGAAUGUUGUACCCUCACCCUCUGUUGCAAGAGGCUCGAGCAGAGAGAACACUGAUAAAGAAGCCCGGCCACUGAUAGACUGGGAUCAAGUGAAGGCUGAAGUUUUGGAGUGGGAAAAAAGAAAAUGGGCAGAUUUACCACCAAUCAAGAAAAACUUUUACAUAGAAUCCAAAGCAACAAGCUCACUCUCUCAAGUACAAGCAGAUACUUGGAGAAAGGAAAAUUUCAACAUAGUAUGUGAUGACUUGAAAGAUGGUGAAAAACGUCCCACCCCCAAUCCGGUUUGCAAAUUUGAAGAUGCUUUGGAGCAGUAUCCUGAACUUAUGAAAAGCAUUCAGAAAGCUGGUUUUAAGAAGCCGACACCCAUACAGUCUCAGGCAUGGCCGAUCAUUCUACAAGGAAUAGAUCUUAUAGGAAUUGCCCAAACUGGAACAGGUAAAACACUGUCCUAUUUAAUGCCUGGGCUUAUUCAUCUCCACGCGCAACCAAUAUCUAGAGAACAAAGGAAUGGACCUGGCAUGCUCGUCCUUAUACCUACUAGAGAAUUAGCCCUUCAGGUGGAAGCUGAAUGCUCUAAGUAUUCAUAUAAAGGUCUCAAAAGUGUUUGUAUAUACGGUGGUGGCAACAGAAAAGGACAAAUAAAAGAUGUUACCAGAGGCGUAGACAUCAUUAUUGCAACUCCUGGAAGACUGAAUGAUCUGCAAAUGAAUAACUUUGUCAGCCUAAGAAGCGUAACCUACUUAGUCUUAGAUGAGGCAGAUAAAAUGCUGGAGCUAGGCUUUGAACACCAAAUAAUGAAGAUUUUAUUAGAUGUACGCCCAGACCGACAGACUGUUAUGACAAGUGCAACUUGGCCAGACAGCAUCCGUAGACUUGCACAGUCUUACUUGAAAGAGCCUAUGAUUGUUUAUGUUGGUACUCUGGAUCUAGUUGCUGUAAGCACAGUGAAGCAAGAUAUAAUUGUUACCUCUGAAGAAGAAAAACGAUCUCUCACCCAAGAAUUCCUGCAGAGCCUGUCACCUGAAGACAAAGUCAUCGUGUUUGUCACCAGAAAACUUAUUGCUGAUGACUUAUCAAGCGAUUUAAGUAUCCAGGGCAUACCUGUGCAGUCCCUGCACGGUGACCGAGAACAGAGUGAUCGUGAACAAGCAUUAGAGGAUUUUAAAAGUGGAAAAGUGAAAAUACUGAUUGCUACCGAUUUAGCAUCCCGAGGCCUCGAUGUUAGUGACGUCACACACGUAUAUAAUUACAACUUUCCACGGAAUAUUGAAGAAUAUGUGCACAGAGUUGGGCGUACUGGAAGAGCAGGGAAGACGGGCAUAUCAGUUACCCUUAUGACUCGAGAUGAUUGGAAGAUUGCCGGUGAAUUGAUUCAGAUUCUGCAAAAAGCAAAUCAGAGUAUCCCAGAAGAGCUCGUAUCGAUGGCUGAGAGAUACAGACUGCACCAACAGAAAAGGGACAUGGGAAGAAAAUAA